GUGCGCGCGCGCUUGGGUUCAUAUGGCUCGUGCGCUCAUGGAAAGCUGAUGUGUGGCGCGCUCUGAGAGUCUCACAUUUCAGGAAGUGUCGGAAGUCCUCAGCUGCUGUCCGUCUGUCCUGCUCUAUAUUAUGGUCGUGCAGUCGUGAUCCGCGUGGAUUGUCGGUGUGGAUCUCCGGUGGGGCACCAUGUCCACCCGGUACAGCCCGAGGCGUGCGCUCCUGGCCGCGGUCUGCGCGCAUCUUGUGUCCGUGCUGACUGUCUGCUGCGCCGGGAGCAUGUUUACAGCCGCUGCCUAUCCAAAUCAACAUGACACCCUGGAGCGUUAUGACAUAAUCGAACCACACCUGCUCAUUGGAGGACAGCAGAGACCGGUUAGUCUCAUAAAGUCAAUGGGUCAUCCUGGAUCACUGAAGGUGCUGAUUGAAGUGGAUGGAGAGCAACUGCUUCUUGCUUUGCAAAAAAAUGAAGAGCUGUUUGCCAGCCACUACACAGAAACACACUACCUGGAGGAUGGAAGUGCUGUCACCACCUCACCGAAUGUUACGAUUCACUGCUACUAUCAUGGCGAGGUGGAGGGUCACCCGGGGUCAGAGGUCAGCCUCAGCACCUGCACAGGACUCAGGGGACUGAUUUCACUUGAACAUGAAGUGUAUGUACUGGAGCCGAUGGAAGAGGGGAACACACACCGUCUUUACAGAGGAGAACAUCUUAAAGUCACCCAGGGAACCUGCGGACACGGUCACAACAUUUCAUACCCUACAGAGAUGAUGAACACUACUGGAGCCGUCUUCAGCUCUCACAGCAGUCACAGGCAUAAAAGAGACGCUCAGAGCAGCACCAAGCAUGUGGAGUUGAUCAUCGUCGCAGACAACCGCGAGUAUCAGAAACAGGGGAAAGACGUGGAGAAAGUGAAACAGAGGCUUGCUGAAAUAGCAAACUACGUGGACAAGUUUUACAGAUCUCUGAAUAUCCGUGUGGCUCUGGUGGGGCUGGAGGUGUGGAGUGACGGAGACAAAUGCUCUAUCACACAGGAUCCCUUCACAUCGCUCCAUGAGUUCCUGGACUGGAGAAAACUCAAGCUGCUCCCCCAGAGACCACACGAUAACGCUCAGCUCAUCAGUGGCGUUUACUUCCAGGGCACCACCAUCGGCAUGGCUCCCAUUAUGAGCAUGUGCACUGCGGAGCAGUCAGGGGGCAUCGUCAUGGAUCACUCCGAUAACCCUCUUGGUGCCGCGGUUACUUUGGCUCAUGAGCUCGGACACAAUUUCGGCAUGAACCACGACACGCCGGAGCGCGGCUGCGGCUGCAGGGCCACGGUGGACCGCGGCGGGUGCAUCAUGACCCCCUCCACUGGGUAUCCUUUCCCUACGGUCUUCAGUACGUGCAGUAAGAAGGAUCUCGCGGCGAGUUUGGAGAAAGGUGUGGGCAUGUGUUUGUUCAACAUGCCGGAGGUGAAGGUGCUCUACGGAGGCCAGAAAUGUGGAAACGGAUAUGUCGAGGAGGGAGAGCAGUGCGAUUGCGGAGAUCUGGAGGAGUGUCUGAAUCCCUGCUGUAAUGCCAGUACAUGCACACUGAAGGAGGAAGCUGUAUGUGCACAUGGACAGUGUUGUGAAAACUGUCAGCUGAAGCCUGCAGGGACUCCGUGCCGUGAGUCCAGUAACUCCUGUGAUCUGCCGGAGUUUUGCACAGGUGCCGAUCCUCACUGUCCCGCUAAUGUCUACCUGCACGAUGGACACACCUGUCAGGGUGUGGAUGGACACUGUUACAACGGCAUCUGCCAGACACACGAGCAGCAGUGCAUCACACUGUGGGGACAGGGUGCAAAACCAGCUCCAGGAAUCUGUUUCGAAAGAGUCAACUCGGCGGGAGAUCCGUAUGGAAACUGUGGAAAAGAUGCAAAGGGAUCGUUUGCCAAAUGUGAAGCGCGAGAUGCUAAAUGUGGGAAGAUCCAGUGUCAGGGCGGAGCCAAUCGGCCAGUGAUUGGCACCAAUGCCGUCUCAAUAGAAACCAAUAUCCCGCUCCAGGAAGGAGGACGAAUCCUCUGCCGAGGGACUCAUGUGUACCUGGGAGACGACAUGCCGGAUCCGGGCCUCGUGCUUACUGGCACCAAGUGUGGAGAAAACAUGAUGUGUAUAAACAGACAGUGUCAGAACAUCAGUGUGCUCGGGGUUCACGACUGUUCGGCCAAGUGCAGCGGACACGGGGUUUGUAAUAAUAAUAUGAACUGUCACUGUGAGUCGCUCUGGGCUCCUCCGUUCUGUGAUAAAGCUGGGUUUGGAGGCAGUAUGGACAGCGGCCCGAUGAGACAGACAGACAGCAGCAGUGUGACGGUGGGCAUCCUGGUGGCGUUUCUGUGUCUGCUGUGUGUUGGAAUAAUCGCGUGCAUUAAGAGAAAAACUCUGCUCAGUCUGUUCUUCAGCAAUAAGAAGAACACCAUUGAAAAACUGAGAUCUGUGGGACCCAACAGACUGAACAGUCCAGUGCACACACUCUCAUCUGCUCACACACACACUGGGAUUCAAACACACUCCACGUACAGAACGUCUCCUCAGCGUCAGGCCUCUGCUUUACCACAAACAGCCAGCAUAUAUAAGCCCCAGUCUCCUCUCCAGACGGUGGACUCUGUGGUCCCGUCUCAUGGUCUCCGCCGUCUGCCCCCGUGCCCUCCGCUCCACCUCUCUCACCCGCUGCCGCUGGCACACACACACACGUCUCCACCCAGAGCCCCUCCACCGGCACACACACACACAUCCGGUCCACCAGCGGGAACGGCUGGCCAAAACGUCUGCAAGAUCGCAAGGGCAUUCGAGAAGCCCAGUGCACCCCAGAAGCCUCUUCCUGCAGACCCUCUGUGUCGAAACAUCCGGGUGAUUCGUAACCCUUCGGCUGUGCGACUUCCAGCACCCAUCCCGACCCCAGCCGCCCCGCGACCCACUCCUCACCCACCGCCCUGCAGGCCUCCUCCUAAACAGCCGCCCACCCUGCCGAAGCCUCACUUCACCGCCGGAGUGAAGUUCAGCAGCUGAGAGCCGGACAGAAGGGAUCUCGUCCCUGGAGACGCUCGCUUUUUGCACUAUGAACCUCUGCGGGACACGUGAUGAUGCGAGGGGUGACCUUUGACCCCAGCGGUGCUCUCCCUCUAAACGGUGCUAUGAGUCCAAGCUCAGGUACAUGUCACGUGUUAUUUAUGUCGGUUACGAGCGUAUUUAUUUGAGCACAGUGCACUGUGGUUGACACUUUCUCAGACGUUUACCUGACUGUCCUUUUGUCGUUGUUGCUAUUGUUGUUGUUUUGACUUUUUCUCGACUGUGUACCAGCAGAUGAAGACGAGACGUGUUAUCUGUGAACAUGAACCACGUCACGUGGAUGUAAAUGGAAACGUGAAUUGGGAGUUGAUGGUUCUGUGUCUGUGAUGUUUUUUGGUAUAUGAAAAGGGCUUUUUUAACAAUUUCAUUCAAUUUAAUGGCCAUUUUUAUUAUAUAUUUCAGACAUACCUGUACAUUAUUAAACCUGAAUUACAGAUGCAGAACUUAAGGGAUGUUGAAGAAAUCUAUAUAAAAAUAAUCUCACGAUAACAUGUCCAGGUCACAUUUUAUCCCAGAUUAAAAGGAACAAAAUAUUAAAUAAAAUUUCGCAUAAAGUAAAAUAAUUUUUUAAGGUAUCUUGUUUUUCAUUCUAAGACAAUUAAGCUUGUUUCCCCCUGAUUUUUUUAUUAUUUGAAUAAAUCUGAAUGUUUUGCUUUUUUAUUUUAGAUAUUAGGCUUUCCAUGAUGAUGCUAAUUACUAAAGUAUUUUUUAUAAUAGUAACAAAAAUAUUUUAAAAAGUAAUGAAAAUGAAAUAAAAAUCCAAUUUUAUUUAUAUAGCACAAAUAAAAGCAAAUACUAUAAAAAAUAUUACAAUUUAAAUGAUAUAUUUGUAUUUUAUUACUUAUUUUUAUGCUGCAUUUAUGGUAAUUCGAGUGGAAAACGUGCUUAAUUUUUGUCAUAGAAAUCUUAAUGUUAAAAUUAAGCAUUCGUUACUUUUUCAGUCUCUGAAUUUAUUUUUGCAAACAAACAAGUUCAUUAAGUAAUUCUUUAAAAAUCAUCUGGUCAGGAUUAUUUUCAUUACUGUAUUGCAGUAAUGAGGAAUUAGAAACUGUUUAAUCAGUCUUCAAAACAGACUGUCGUACUAAUUUUUGAUUUUGGGGUGAAAUAUGACCUGGACUUGCACAGGUUUACAAUACUGUGCAGCUGAAUAAUGUUCUGAAUUCAUUGCAUUCAACUAAACAAGUCUUGUUUCUCUCUCUAUUAUUUUUUGUUGUUGUUGUUGUUGUUUUUUGAGUCUGAAAACAUUUGCAACAAACAAUAUGCUCCGAAUCCAGCUUUUGUUGAUUUCAAAGCUCGUAAGGAUGAUCGACAGACACAGAUGUUGUGUUCCUGUGACCUGUCGGAUGUUCAGAUAGACAGUUCAGUCCUUGAGAAGACCUGGACAGAUCUGAGAGCCAGAAAACCAAAACCAGGCCCUGAUUUCAUGCUCAUGCAGCCAUAUUCUCAUAGAAGUCCUUUGAAAUAGUUACCGUUGGGAAAUGAUUAAACAGAUUACAUGGAUUUUCUUUCUUAUUGACCCAAAUAAUGUUGCCACAUGGCGCAUUAAAAGUGGAUUGUGGUUAAUGAAAACAGACACAUGAAUCCUUCUCUAAAUAGUCCCAUAAUCCCUCUGGUCUCCCUCAAACACGCUGUGGUCAGUGGUUUUGAAUCACUGGCAAAGGUUCGUGGGCGAUUUGUCAGAGUAAAUGAACACUGCACUAAAAUUAUCUGAUGUGCACAAAACAGUUUUUGCAGUGAUUAUGGUCAUGAUUUACUGUCAAAGGGGUUAAAAUGAACACAAAUUGUGGUAAAACUUAAAGCCUUUAUAUAUAAUGCAUUAUAAAAUUAGUUUUAAUGCAUUAAUUAUGCACCUUAUAAUGCACUGUAUGAUCUCAUGAAUAAUUGCAACCACAAUUUACAAUAUUUAUACAAUUAUAAUACUUAUCUAUUCAUUGUUACACCUUUAGAAAGUAUCAUGCAUUAAAACAAACACAUGACAAACAAACCUUCAAAUAUUAUAAUAAAUUUAACCUUUGGUUACAGUUAUUUAUGGAUAACAGGGAACAUUCUGUAUAUCUGUAUUAUAGUGCAUUUUACUUAACCUGUUAACUGUCACCCGUCCGCUCUGUGGGACGCCUACAUUUACUUCACUAUAUUACAAUUAAAUCGAAUCUAAUCUUGACAAACUAUAUAUCGUUGGAAAGGUCUCAAAAAUCGACAUUAUAACAGGAAUUUUGACCUUUGUUAAAAAACAAGACGACUUUGUUGCCUUUUACUCACAUCUUUUUUACAAUCACAUUUUAGAAAUCAUGAGAAAUUAUAUAUCAACUGAAAACUUAAAAUCUCAAGAUUCAUCCUUUAAAACUCUUUUUAAAAUCAGACAUUGCAUUACCAUGUAAAUGGUACAUCAAUAUCAUGUUACAAAAUGUUUUCAUUCAUGAAUAAUAAAAAUUUAAGUUUGGAUCGUGCACUACAAAGUCAAUGUUCAAAAAUAUGAGUGACAGUUAAGGGGUUAAAGGCUUUAAGUGUUACUCAAAGUAGCUUUGGUGAGUAAAUAUGUUCUGCAACUUGCCACUUUGAGGAACUACAUAUAAUUAAUUGUCAUAAUAUGACUAAACUGAAUUGCAAGAAUGAUAGUCUGAUGCACAAAAGAUUGUAAACAGACAUGAAAGCAUCUUUUACCAAUCAAAAUUAUACAUGCUACCAUUCAAAAGUUUGAAGAUUUUUUUUUUUGUGUGCACCAAGGCUGCAUUUAUUUGAUCAAUAUUCUAAAAUACUAUUACAAAUGAAAAAUAAAAUGUCUCAUGAUCCUUCAGAAAUCAUUUUUUCAAAUUAACAGAAUUUUUUUGGAAUAGAAAUCUUUGGUAACAUAAUGUCACUUUGAGUCAAUUUAAUACAUCCUUGCUGAAUAAAAGUAUUAAUUUCUCUCUCAAAAAAAGUUUUGAAUGGUAAUGUAUUUUAAUAAUAAAUAAUGCAAAAUAUACACACUUUGCAUAUUUGACUCUCCAUUUGCAGGUUGAUGUUUGGCACUAAUAUACAAUGUUUUUAUUCAAGUCUUCUCACUUUAUAAUUUCUUGCCACUGAGCCAUUUAUGAUCUCAAACGUGGGUCUCUUAGGCCUUUAUUCUGAAACCUUAUGAGUGCCAUUAUAUCUCAGUGUUUACAUUGUAAAUUCAUCUUCAUUUACUAUAUUAGCAAACAUCGCGAGUGUCUCGUUGCCUUUUUACAGUGUUAAACCACACAGUGCAUUACAGUACGCACAGAGACUGUUCAGAUCCAGACGCUGACUUGAUGAUACGAUGAUCACGUGUCUCUAGGUUAACUGCCUUGCUUCUUUUAAUCACAGUUAUUAUUCACUUUGAUUCACGUUGUAUCUGCACUCAGUAAAUCUGCUCAUGUAAUGCUCUUUACGUUUUUUCUUCAGUAUCACGGGUGUAAACUGCUUUUUUAUGAUAAUUCUUUGAUUAAUCAAGAAAAUGUGAAAUAAGAUACUGUACGUUGAUGUCUGCAGCACACAAAUAACGGUCGGCAUAAAGGAAUAUGAAACCGA